GGAGCGGCCGGAGCGCGAGCGGCGGCGGCGGCGAGGCUCGGCGCCCUCUUCUCUGCAAACCAUGUUUGCCAAAGGCAAAGGCUCGGCGGUGCCCUCGGACGGGCAGGCUCGGGAAAAGUUAGCUUUAUACGUCUACGAAUACUUACUGCACGUAGGAGCACAGAAAUCUGCACAGACCUUCUUGUCCGAGAUUCGAUGGGAAAAAAACAUCACGUUGGGAGAACCGCCUGGGUUUUUGCACUCCUGGUGGUGUGUAUUUUGGGACCUUUACUGUGCAGCUCCUGAAAGGCGAGACACUUGUGAACAUUCAAGUGAAGCAAAGGCCUUUCAUGAUUACAGCGCAGCAGCCGCCCCGAGCCCCGUGCUUGGCAACAUUCCCCCCAACGAUGGGAUGCCAGGAGGCCCCAUCCCGCCAGGUUUCUUUCAGGGUCCUCCGGGGUCACAGCCCUCGCCGCACGCACAGCCUCCACCUCACAAUCCCAGCAGCAUGAUGGGACCCCACAGUCAGCCUUUUAUGUCACCGAGAUACGCAGGCGGCCCCAGGCCUCCGAUCAGAAUGGGAAACCAGCCUCCGGGAGGAGUUCCUGGAACACAGCCCCUGCUGCCCAAUUCCAUGGACCCCACACGACAACAAGGGCACCCCAACAUGGGAGGAUCAAUGCAGCGAAUGAACCCUCCCCGAGGCAUGGGACCCAUGGGUCCUGGCCCCCAGAAUUACGGCAGCGGCAUGAGACCACCACCCAACUCCCUCGGCCCCGCCAUGCCCGGGAUUAACAUGGGCCCGGGAGCUGGCAGACCCUGGCCCAAUCCUAACAGUGCUAACUCAAUUCCAUACUCCUCCUCAUCGCCGGGUACCUAUGUGGGACCUCCUGGUGGUGGUGGCCCCCCUGGAACACCCAUCAUGCCUAGUCCUGCAGAUUCAACAAAUUCCAGUGACAACAUCUACACAAUGAUUAAUCCGGUGCCGCCUGGAGGCAGCCGGUCCAACUUCCCGAUGGGUCCAGGCUCGGACGGUCCAAUGGGAGGCAUGGGUGGCAUGGAGCCACACCACAUGAAUGGAUCACUAGGGUCAGGUGACAUAGAUGGACUUCCAAAAAAUUCUCCUAACAACAUAAGUGGCAUUAGCAAUCCUCCUGGCACCCCUCGAGACGAUGGCGAGCUAGGAGGGAACUUCCUCCACUCUUUCCAGAAUGACAAUUAUUCCCCAAGCAUGACGAUGAGUGUGUGACCCCUCCUCUUCUCCACGACGCUGAGAGAGCCGGCAUUGCAGGCGGGAAGAUGCCAGAAAUUAUGCAAGAAGAAGUGAGGUGUCAUUACCCAGGAGCUGGGGGAGGGGCAUCUCCCCGCUCCUCCACCCCACCUUCCCCCCCACUCCCCCAUCUUUCCCAAUUUUAGUUUCAUGCAAUAAAAAGGCCGAACUUUUUAUUUCAUAAAACAUGAAGGACAAAACUCAAAAUAAAAAUAUAUUUCAAAUCAAUGACCAGAAAAAUCCCACCCCUUGCCCUUUCCCUGAAGGACCUUUUAUGUACAUGACACUUUUUUUGUUGUUUUUUUUUGUUUGGGGGUUUUACCGUUGUUGGGAUUUUUUUUAUUUGUUUUCAGGGGGGUUUUUUUGGGGAAAAAUUUUUAAAAAUGGAAGCUUCUAGCAAGCCCAUCCCACCCGACCCAGUCAACCUCUUUGCUUUCUUCUU